AUGCGACACGAAUUUUCUAGGAAAGACUGUCCCGGACAUUUUGUGCGGAGGCCAGUCCGCCUACAGAACAAGGCCUCUAUCUUCAACUUCGCACAACACCUGUCAAGUUCACGCACUGGGAAAGAGCCGCGCGCCACACGGUGCUUCACGCUGCUCUCGUUGCUCGCUCGCGCCACUCUUCCCGCUUCGUCGCGUUCCGCAUCUCUCGCCACUCCAGCCAUGGCACCCCACGAUGACGUGGCGAAUCAUCCACCUGUGCCUGAUGACGUGGCAAGUCGUCCCCGCGUGUUGGUUCUGGGCUCUCCCUCUGUCGGCAAAACCACCCUCGCACACCGUAUGCCUUCCCUCCCCACCCUCGCACACCGUAUGCCUUCCCUCCGCACUCUCUUCUGCCUCCCCUCCCUCCGCGUCUCCCCUUUCUCAUCAUCCCUCUCCCUGCAGCCAUUUCGCCCUCCCUGCUCCGCCCUCCCUGCUCCGCCCUCCCUGCUCCGCCCUCCCUGCUCCGCCCUCCCUGCUCCGCCCUCCCUGCUCCGCCCUCCCUGCUCCGCCCUCCCUGCUCCGCCCUCCCUGCUCUCCCCAUCCCUGCUGCGUUCGCCCUUCACCAUGACCGGCUUUCUAAUUCCUUCUCUUCAUCUCCCCCACCCGACCAAUCAUCCCCCUUCUCACCCGCCUUCACCCCUUUCCACUGGUGGCGCUGCAGGGCUCACAGGUGCACACCCCCACGAGUACAGCAGCACAAGCUCCAACACGGCUGCAGGAGAGUGUUUCAGCUGGCAGGUAGACACCAAGUAUUACACGGCAGCAGUGGCCGUGUGGACGGCACGCCUCUCCUCCGUGCUGCCCUGCAGCACCACCGGCCCCGCCUCGCCCCUCGUGAGAGGAACUGAGGCGCUGCUGCUCGUCUUCGACCUCUCCAAUGGGGGAAGGAUGUGGGUGGGGGUGGUGGUGGCAGGGGGGAAGGAUGUGGGUGGGGGUGGUGGUGGGAGGGGGGAAGGAUGUGGGUGGGGGGUGGUGGUGGGAGGGGGGAAGGAUGUGGGUGGGGGUGGUGGUGGCAGGGGGGAAGGAUGUGGGUGGGGGUGGUGGUGGGAGAGGGGUGGUGCCGUCGUGGGCAUAAUUCCCCGGUUCCCCACAACCCCCACCCUCCUCGUUCCCCACAACCCCCACCCUCCUCGUUCCCCACAACCCCCACCCUCCUCGUUCCCCACAACCCCCACCCUCCUCGUUCCCCACAACCCCCCGCGCCGCCCUCUUUCCCCCAUGCCCCCUCUUCUCCUUCCUCUCUCCCGUGUGCUAGCCCGCAGCAUUCACAGCAGUGCAGAGGCGGCCAUCUGGCAUCGUUCACGGCAGGGCAGUGCAGAGGUGGGUGGCAGGCAGGUGCUGUGCUGCCAACCACGCUCACUCUCCCUUCCCACUGUGCUGUUUCUCUUAGCAAUCACCCGCCGCCGCCGCCCUCCCAACCUCCCCUCCUCCCUGGCUCCCCUGCCAGCCCUUGUCAUUCGCAUGGCAGCAGUGCAGAGGCGGGCAGGUGCUGUGCUGUGCUGCCAGCCACUCUCACUCUCCCUUCCCACUGUGUCCCCCCCUCCUCCUCCCCCCCCGUGCCAGCCAGCGUCAUUCGCGGCCGUGCAGAGGUGGGCAGAGCGGGCAGACCUGAGUCGCUUUGAGAUCCGCCUGUGCGUCGGCAACAAGGCAGACCGGGUGCGGCGAGGGGGCAGUGCGGGUGAGAGAAGCAGGCGUGGGCGGCAGAGAGGAGGGGGGAGAGACGGGGAGGAGCAGAGUGACUUUGAUGGCGCCAUGCUGCUGGGCGCAGGCAGGGGGGAGGGGGAGGAAGCGGGGGAGGGGGAGGGAGAGAAGGCAGAAGCUGGGGAAUCUGUGGAUGCGGGAGAAGUGGAGAGGGAGUGGAGCAGCGAGGGGGCAGGAGAGGGAGGUAGAGGGGAGGAAGGGGAGGUGAGGCGGCGGCAGUGCGAGGAGUGGUGUGCGGAUAACGGCAUCGAGUACGUGGAGGCGUGUGCUGCCCAUGAGGAGAUUGACGCUGGUGAGUGGAGAGUGGGCCUGAGUGAGUGA